GUGGUCUUUGAAGCCCAUUCUUGUCAGUGCUGCUGUGUAGACUGCAGUCCAGAGGGGAAGGAGGAAAAUGAGAGGUUUGGCGAGCAACAGGAAAACCGCUAUGAGAACACAUUCCAGGCUGAGCAGGCUCUCUCUGUACGGGACAAUGAGGGGUGGGACAAAAGUGUAUACUAUUUAAAAAAUAUGCAAUCUUGCCUCGAGAUCAGGACCGCAUACAACAACAAAAACGUGUUCUUGCUUCAUCGGAGAGGACUCGCGGUGAGCCUUCACUCUUGAGGCGGAAGGACUCUGGUCUGGCUCCAAACCGACGACGAUGGUUCAUGUUGUCGGUUUAUCAGCGCAGAUUUAGACCGAGAUGAGAUAAGCUACAGCCCGCUGUUUGUCGUCCUCCAGCCUGAACACUGCUGUUACUGUUUUUAUUUUUGACCUUUAUUUUCACAGGUUUCCACAUUGUGAACCAUUUUUUAACCAAACGAGACAGCAGCUUUAAGUUUUCGAGCAAAGAGAAAAACUGCGGAGAAACUUUUUUUCCCAGAAACGGCGGUCGGUCUUAACCGAAGCAGGAAAGGAUGUGAACUCUCUUUAGAUGAAUCAUCUGCAACGGAGAAAUUCAGACGAAAAGUCAGGUGGUUCACCUCAUUCCUGAAAUGAAACAGACUUUAUUUUGACAGUUGUUCUUCACACUUUGGCUACGGGGCCAACUUUAAUGUGGGAGACGUGCGGCGUUUGCGUCUGUCAAGUUAAGAGGCAAGCAGAAAACAGGUAAGCGUCAAAACGUGUAUUUAUCUGUUUUAUUUUGAGUUUUUAUGCACAGUUAGUGUUUCAUAUUAGUAGAGUUAUUCACUAUGGACUCCGAGUCAACUUUUUAGCCCUGUACACCUCUCCUCGUGUUUCCAGAUGUGGGUCAACAGGUGUGAGGAUGUGGCCCACCUGACCUCAAGGCACUGACACUGAACACACCACCUCAAACUUACUAUGAGCCACCUUGGAGAUACAUGCGGUUUUUGAGGUGUUUGUGUUGUCUUCAACAUCCCCCUGAUUUUACUCUGAUUGCUGCCAUAGAUGAUCAUUCUGAACUCCUUAUACAUAACUUGACUAAUGGUGGGAAACACUUUAGAGAUUUAAUUUGUGUAAGUUACAUGUUGACUUCACCUGGUUACAUCUAUCAAAGAGGCAAGAAGCAACAGGGGUACUAGAUAAGUAAAUAAAACAUAUAAUAAUAAUGCUCUGUCUUUGCAAACUUCAGCUUUUUUCAUUCUUGAGUCAAUUCUCCUCUUUUAAUCACUCUGAUUCACUCUGGCCUAUUUAAUGCAAAGAAUAAAACACUAUCAAUAUCAGACAGGUGACAGAUGUUAAGAGUAAAAAGGCUUUAUAAAACUGGCUAAUCUUUGAAGGACUGGUUUGCUCUUUUAGGUCACUUAGAGAUGGUCGCCUCCAGUAGCUUUGAAGAAUUACCACUAAUUAACAUGUUACAUAGAGACUACUUUAUAGUCAGUCAAAGCUCUAGAUGUCUUCAUUCAGACUGGAUUUUGUUGCAGGAACAUGUCGGGGUUAAAAGUUAUGGCUGUAAAUCUGUGCAAGCUUGGUGGUGACGUAAGCCUGUAUCUUGUAGUGUAGGUCCUACCUGAAUUUCUGAAUCUCUUUCUGAAUCUUCUCUGCAUAUUUUCGUUUCUCUAUUUCACCCGUCCUACUCACAAACAGGUGGGAGUUUUCCACUCUUUGUGUACAUGCCAUGAUUGAAGUCACGUUUGCUCUUUCCAGGUGGGUGAUGUUGCCCUACGUGACAUCUGUUUGUGAUACCGAUCCUUGUACACAAGCCUGGUUAUGUUUGUGGCUUUAUUUUUUUCUUUUAUGUAUGUCUGAGGUAUAUUCAUCGCUUUCUUCACCCUGACAGGCAUUCAUUGUAGGCAUGCAUGUGAGAGCAUGCAGACAGCAACUGAGCCAUAAAGCCUGCCAAGCCUGGCUUUGUCUGGGAAAUGAAGAUACAAUCAGUGUGUCGCUGUGACUAGCAGGCAGCUCUAGGAUGACAGAUUUAUUUUACCAGUUAAAGCACACAAAUGGAACAAAAGCUAUAAAAUGUGUGGCUGGAUGAAGAACUGGAUUUGAUGUUGUUUUGAACCGUAUGAAAGAAGUUUUUACACUAAAACUGCUUUAAGUUACUGAAAGAGAGUUUCAGGGGUUUUGGAUGUGAAGAGGCCCAGAGGAGGGGCUGUUUGAGGCUGCUGUGUUAUGCCAUGUCCCCCACUAUCCACCACUCUAACCACACAGAGUCAUCCAAAUGGAAUGACAGAUCUACCUCCCUCAGUAAAAGCUCUGUAGAUGGGAGGAAGAGAUGACAAUGGAUCCUUUCCCCCAUGGGUCAGGCGGUUGCAGCUGUGGGCAAAGCGGAGACAAACAGGAGAGAGCUCAGAGAGGAAGUGUGGUGGGGUCUACGAUGGAGGACGUGAUUACUGCUCUUUCCUAUGUCCCGACCCCAUGGAUGAUAAAACUGAUGGUUAGAGAAAUAAGGUAGAGUUAUGCUCCUCCACUGAGGAUUAGUUGAUUCUGUGGGUGGAGUGUUGUUUAGAUUAUCCUCUCUGUGGACCCACAGAUUAGCCAACACUGACAUGUAGCCCACAUGAUACAGGAAGUGCUCAUUUCUCAUUGGUAAAAUAUGUCUUGUGGUUUCUGUGACUUAGUGUUUCUCGUCUGUUGUACUUCAGCCUUCCAGCUAAAACGAAAGAUAGUUUUACAGAAAAUGUUUAUCUCUCCCCUCAAAUGAAAAACUACCUCUAACCCAGCAGAGAUUUUAUAUGUGAUUUGACAGUUUUGUAUACAUGGGGAAAAUCCCUUCUGAACAUGCCUUGUGUUAAAGCAGUCACUCUAGUCUUUGGUUUCUCAUCUGUGACUUUUGACCCACUGCAUGAAAUGUCAAAGUGUCAAGACUUCCUGUAGAUGGUACUUGAAUAUCUCUUAUGCUAGAUGAAUCAAAACCAAAGAGGAUAUCCGUACUUGUGUGCUGUCACAUAUAGGUGCUAUUAUCAGAUAUAUGCAACACACAUGUGUGUGAGGUGUGUGUACUGUGAGAGAAACAGGGUUUGAUAUCAGUUUUGAGAUGACUUUAACAUGCCCAUUUUAUGUGCAUUUUUUCAAUUUUUAUUGACAUAUUUACUUAAAGUCACCAUCCUUCAUUGCCUUAGGUUUUAAGGUUGUGAGAAUAGUUUGUCAAGCCGCUUUAGUUCCUUUUUUCAUGAGUGUAAAGCCUUAGCUCUGUUGUGAUUCUGCUAGCUUAAGAGAUAAGAUAUUCCUUUAAUAGUACCACAGGGAGGAAAUUCCAAAUUACAGCAGCAUAAAUACAAAUACAAAAAGAGAAAUUUAAGGAUAAAGAAACUUAGAGUUAAAACAACAACAUCUUGGUAGCUUAUUUAUGUUUGGAUCUGUUAAUUAGGAUUUGUUUAGUAGCAUAAGGAUGUGUAGCAAAGAUUAGCCUAAAUGAACAAUUAAACAAAUCAUGGAUCCCUUUUAAGAUAGUAAGCCCAAAAUGAAGGUGUCUUUCCAAAUGUUGUAGCUGAGUUACCAAACCUCAAGUUCAAGCCAAGUCUAGUUUAUUAACAUUAGACUCUGACUGACCCUGGUGGUGUGUCUGGAGAUUUUUAUUAUCACUGGUCUCAGCUGUGUGUUACAGUAAAUGUGCUUCUCAGUCUUUCCGCUGUGGUGCCUUCAUGACGUGUUUCUCAUAAACUCACAAAUACGUGCAGCCUAACUCUAUUAUUCAGAAUUUUAUUAAAGUUAACAUCUUGAACCAAGUGGUUGAGUCACUUUAGUUGCUAUCAUUACCAGUAAUAACUGACAAUGAAGAAAUCAAAUACCCAAGAAGAUUAACUCAAACGUCUUACUGUAUGUUCUGGGUGGAUAAAUUGAUGGAUUUCUAAGUUUAAGUUUGUCCCAUCUUAUCCUUGAUGGGUUUUUUUACACAUUGGAGUCAGACUCAAAUCCUAAUUUUGAGUAUGCUAUGUCUGGUUCAACUGGCAUAAAACCCAGAAAAAAAAGUUGCUUUAGAACAUCCCUAUUGUAAACAGGUUUAAUAUACCCCUUUGGUUUUUCAGUUUUGUUUGAGCCAAGCAGUAACAUUUCCUGAUUUUAAAUAUAUUGAAUAAAUCAAACAAAACCCCCCAUUUGACAUACUGCACUAAAAGUUUUCCUUUAGUGAUGAAUGAUUUCCUUUCUUCUGGCACUCUUAUCUGUAUCGCCAUCAGUCGAGCUAAUCUUUUUUCUUAUGUAGUGCGUAGCUUUUGAGGCUCUUAUCUCUGAUUUUCUCACAAGAUGAAAGUCUGUCUUCAGGGUAGAAAAAAGUGUGUCACAGGUAAUCAGUGAAACCUGUGGUUCUCCUCAGGAUCUGUUUUCUUAUGCUAAACGUCCUUAGAUGUUUAAUUUUAGACUGUAUUUCUCCAGAGACAUGUCAGUGACUUUUCUUCUGUACUUUGUUCAGUGACAAAAGGAAAAGACUCAAGAGAGGCAAUUAUACAUGGCAACCUAAUGAACUCUCUGUAUCAGUUUUUGACCUCAGGCAGACACUGUGACAACUGUCUGUGUGUCACAGCCAACUGCAUACAUUUCAGAUUCAAUUCAAGCCUACUUAUCUUGCUUUGAGGUUAGAGGACAGCCGAGGAUAUAAGAAAUUUUUAUGCUGUAACUUGAUAUGUCUCCUUUAUGGCAGUUGCUGUAGCAUUUGCAAUAUCCAUCUUUUAAUGCUUAUCCUUGCAGCAGCCCAAGCAAGAAAGCUCAGACUUCCCUCUUUCCGACCACAUCACUGCUGACGCUGCACCAAUCCACCUGACGAUCUCCCGCUCUAUUCUUUCCUCACUCAUGAACUUAACCCUUGGUACUUAAACACUUGGUUGUGAACCAAAUUAAGUGAGAGAUUAAGGUCACAACCUGACUGAGUCAACAGAACCAUGUCCUCUGCAAAAAGCAGAGCACCAAACCAGCCCCCCUCAAUGCUCUGGCUGCACCUAGAAAUGCUGUCCAUAAAAUUUAUGAACAGGAUCGUCCAACUUACUACCAAGCGUCGUACAGGGACUGAAUGGCCCUUAUCAGGGUGUCCAGUACCCCAUACUCCUGGAGAACCCCCCUCAGGAUUCCCUGAGGGACACGGUUAAAUGCCUUCUCCAAGCCUACAAAGCACAUGUGUACUGGUUGGGCAAACUCCUAUGCACCCUCAAGGAUCAGCCGCCUCACCAACUGAGGCACAGAACGUGGCCCAUUCGGACUCAAUGUCUCCCGGUGGGAAUUGAAGCUUCUUCUGACAGGAGACUUUGCCAGUCAUCCUAGCAGACCCUCACAACAACACGUUUGGGUCUGCCACGUCUGACCAGGCGCUCUCCAUCGGACGCACCCCCAGGCCUAACAUCGGGCUGGGGCAUAGCAAUCAAACACAAAAAAAGCACAAGAAAAAACAUUGAAAGUGUUAAAAAAUACAUGAUUACACCAUAUAUACACCGAAUAGCUACAAAUAUGUUUAAGGUAACAGAUAGCAGAGAUUUAGAGUUUAAUUUAAAAAGCAAAGUGAGCUCUGGGGUUCUGGCCUUGUAUGGUGCAGCAUGUAAAGGCCACAGUCUUCCUCGCAGCUGCUGACUCAAGAAAAUCAACGAGACUCUAAAAAGCAUACUAGAAUAGAUAAACAUAUAAAGGUCUUUUUUGUGCUAUUAGUAUUUUUUUUUAAAUAACUAAGCUAAGAUCCUUGUCAUCUAGACCUUCAAGAAAAAUAUUGAUAAGAUGGUCCUUUAUUCAUACCACAGGGGGGAAUUUAAAAAAAUUACAGCAGCAUAGCAUAGAAUACUAAAAGAGAAAAGUUAAAAAAAUAAAGAAACUUUGAGUUAAAAUCAAGAUAUGUGCAUGGGCCAUAUUUACAUCUAUACAGAAUUUACAUAAUAAUACGGUUUAUUGCACAUUGUUGUACUACACUCAGUAACUUUUUAUUUUCUUAAUGAAUGUAGCACGUAUAAGUUGACCUGUGGGACAAGUAACUGACUAGAAAGGCUCGGUUCUGUACAACCCUCCUGCUUGCGUGACCCUCAGCACUGCAGCCCCAAACAAUAAGCAGACCCAAGUCUCGCCGGCCAGCCGGGUGGGGCCGCUCAAUGGCAGGAAGUGUAGCCAUCAAUAUUUACUCUGCGAGCGGGAUAGUCGCGGAGUCGACAGGCCUGGAGCCUGGUUAGCACAGUGCCACACAGUCUCAGCGCACAUACACAAACACUCUGAAGUGCUGUUACAGACUCCUUCCCCUAAGCCCCCUUUUUUCCCACCCAAUGCAAUUACAGCCCAGGCAGACAGGCUGGAUCCUUGGAGUGUUGUUUUUGACCUCAUAGCUUCCUCUGCCUGAGUGUGAGGCCUUUCCCUCAUUGACAAAACUAUAACAUUAUAGUCUGAAACACUAUUAAGUUUCAGGCUCAUAGUGGAUACACUAUCAGAGACUUCUUGUUUUUACAGCGCACCAAUAAUAAAAUCUUGGCUGUUGUAUGAAAGGUGAUAACAUAAGAGACGACAUGCUGCACUAACGUCAUCUCUAAAAACUGCUUAUACAUAUUAUGUUUCUAUUUCACAGAGAUGGGAAGCUCUGCUCUGCUCACAGUGGUGCUUGUUUGGGUGCUUCUGUGGAUCUCUGCUCUCCAUGCAGGUGAGUCAAUGGUCAGAUGGAGAAAAUAGUUAGUUUUGUAAAAAGCACACCCACCCUGUACAACAAUAGCUGCCUCUAUAAAACAAGCUCAGGCAGGCAGCAUACAAUACCUGCCUGGCAUGAACUGCAGCAUCAAAGUAUGUUAGCGGCUGGUGGAGAACUUGAAUAUCAGCUCAGGUAUUAGUGGACUAAACCACUGCUGAAAGGCUCAGGGACUGCUCAGGAACACACCAGUGACAAAAGACAAGAUGUCAGUGGGGUUUUUAAUGUCAGGGAUUUUCUGACUUUUAAAUGGGCAGGAGAACAGCUUUAGUUCUUUUAAACUAAUAGUUAGAUAGACAGAAAUAGGACACUUUUAUGUUGUAGUAGCAGGUUUUAUGAGCUAAAAGAAUCCAUAGCACUACAAGAUUCAAGUACACAGUAAUACGCCCCAACAACAAAUGACAAAAUUACACAAAUACACCACAUGCAAGUGGAGCUGUUGCAGUAUGAUGCCAACUAGCAUGGUUCCACCUUAUUUACUUUCCUUUUACUCUCAUUUAAGUACACUGUGUACUGCCGGUGUAUCAUUUCCACAUAAAUACCUAUCCUGCCAGUACACAACCUUUUUCAUCCGUUUGACGUCAUGUUGCCAGGAAGUAACAUUUAAAUCUCCAUUUUAUUACCGUUGGGGUUUCCCCAGUGUGGUGACAGUCUGACGUUCCCAGUGCUUUUGAACAAUCUGAUGGCAUUGGGCAUAAAGGAGCGCCUGAAGUGCACUGUGGUAAAAUGAGGCGUUGGCUGGGGAAGAGUGGCUCAGAGGUGCUGCAUCAGGAUAGCGGAUAGUGCUUUAAAAUUAAAUGUUUACUUUAAUUGGUAUCUGAUAUAUCUCCACAUCUAGUAAUACAGAAAGUUUUUCACCCUCUGUUUUUUUCAACAUCAUCUGUCUGUACUUGGUCAUGUUUCAGACCCCGACGACGAUGGAAAGCUGGUGUGCACGUGCGAGAAUGAAAAACGCACAUGCGUGAAUGGGACCUGCAGGGGAUACCGCUGCUUUUACACCUGGGUGCGUGGCUAUGAGGAGAGGGGCUGUUUCUCAUUUGUUAACUACAAGGAGCAGUGCUACACCAGCUUUAAGGGCUUCUUCGUCCACUGCUGCAAGGAGGAUUACUGCAACGCUGACACCACACCACCUCCAAACAUCAGUCAGUACCAUCACAUUAAACACUAAGCAUGCAGUAUUUAGCCUGGUGGUUCAGUCUUAUUUAGUACUCAGAGUCAUCCCAUCGUCAAUUAUGUUGCUCUUAUUGGAUUCAAAGCUCCUCACCAGACAGUGACUGGUUCCCCCUUGUGGUCACUUAGAGCAAAUUAAUACUGCUUUCACGAGCUCAGACUGUGUGUGUCUGCAUGUUUCUGACUGCUAAUGUGUCUCCAGAUGGAGAGCCCACAACACCGCCUCCAGAUGUCAGUCGUCCAGAGCUGUGGAUCACAGUGUGUUUGCUACUGUUAAUCACGACUGCCAGUGUGUGUGGCCUGGUGCUGUUCCUGCGCUUCAGACAUGCACACUGCAGACUGAAGAAUGAGGAAGACCGUGAUGUUACCAUGCUGAAGGUUCCCCCUGGGGAUGACCCAACAUAUGGGGUAAGAGAUGUUUGAUGUGGGAUAUAAAUCAUAUAAUCAGUUUACGGUCAAGGUUCUGAAUUUGUCUGUUUCUGUCUUUUGUUUUUUUAGGAUAUAUUCGAUGAGUUCUGCACAUCAGGGAGCGGGACAGGGCUGCCAUAUCUGGUCCAAAGAACCAUGGCCAGACAGAUCUCACUCGUUGAAUGUGUUGGUUAGUCUCCUAAGCACUGCUGCUGUUCUUUGCUCUUUUUUGUUUGUGACAAAUUGUGUAACUACCCCUCUGUUUCCAGGUAAAGGAAGGUAUGGAGAAGUGUGGAGAGGAACCUGGAUGGGGGAGAGUGUGGCUGUCAAGAUCUUCUCCUCACGGGAUGAGCAGUCUUGGUUCAGAGAGACUGAGAUUUAUAAUACUGUACAGCUGCGACAUGACAACAUACUGGGUAAAUGUGAAAGUUGCUGUUAUGCAUUUUCUCAUGUGAGUUGCUGCAUUUUUUUUUUUAUUAAAAAAAAUCUUCAACUUGCUCUAAUGUUUGGUGUUUAGGUUUCAUAGCUUCUGACAUGACAUCAAGGAAUUCAAGCACCCAGCUGUGGCUCGUCACCCACUUCCAUGAGCUUGGUUCCCUGUAUGACUUCCUGCAGUACAGCAGCCUAGAGCCUGAGAGCUGCCUGAGGAUGUGCCUCUCUGUGGCCUGUGGCCUGGUCCACCUCCACACUGAGAUUGUCAGCUCCCAGGAAAAACCAGCUAUAGCCCACAGAGACCUGAAGAGCAGAAACAUCCUGGUAAAGCGCAACGGACAGUGCUGUAUCGCUGACCUAGGUGAGGGCCAAAGUAGUUUCAAUCGACCCCUCUGCGACCUGUUUCCAGCUAAAUCCUGCUCUUAGAUUGGUUAUAUCUGGUAAAUUUUUAUUCCACCUUAAAUUAAAGCUUUGUCUUUUGUUCACUCCCUCUGUAGGUUUGUCUGUGAUACAUUCCCAGUCCCAUGACUACCUUGAUGUAGGUAAUAACCCUCGGGUAGGCACUAAGCGCUAUAUGGCCCCUGAGGUGUUGGAUGAGACCAUUCGCAUGGAUGUCUUUGAGUCUUAUAAGCAAACUGACAUCUGGGCCCUGGGCCUGGUCUUCUGGGAAAUAUCUCGCCGCACAAUUGUCAAUGGUAAGGCAACAAUGUGAUUUUUUUGCUUUUUACGGUAAAAUCUAGAACAUUUAGAAAACUUUAGGAAGAAAACAGUACACAGUUAAUACAUACAUGAAUUAAUCUUUUAUCAGUCAGUGUAUUACCUAUCUACUCCAGCCACACAGUGCUAUAGUUUGUUUUCUUUGUCAUGUCUGCCCGGCUCUGGACGAGACAUAAGAGGCAGUUAGUCCCGUGUCUCUCAGCACUCCAAUGUUUUCCCAGUCUGUGUCUGUCUCUACUAUCCACUCUCAUGAUUAGCGCUGCAGUAAUUAUAAACAGUCUUAUCUGGUGUCAGCACUCACUUGUACAUAGUCCAGAUGCCAGAGCACACAAUUUAGAAAUGCAAGCACACACCCAUGCACGAACAACCGUGCACAAACACACAUACACAAACACACUUGGUCAACAUGAACAGAGGCUUAAUGUUGUGUGUGAUCUCAGACAUACAACUACACACACUCAGACGGCUUUGCAGAUCUCCAUCCCAGUGUAGACCCCAGGGAAUUGAUAUCUUUUGCUACUUUUUUGUUUAGUCAAACAUACUUUACAAAACUCCCACUGCUGAUUAUCUCCUUUCCAAGUGUGCUUAUCUGAAGAUUAAUGAAAGUUUGUCUGAAAUGGAAGAGGAGAUAAGUCAGUGUUUAAAAGUUAUCUACUCAUAAAGUUGAUCAUCACGUUCUGCUUUUUUCCCGUCAGAGCACACCACUAAAUCCCAUCACUAAAAUGGUUUUAAACACAAACUUUUUCUUUUAAUUCUGUCUCAGGAAUUGUGGAAGAAUACCGUCCUCCCUUCUUUGACCUGGUGCCUUUGGAUCCCAGCUUUGAGGAAAUGAAGAAGGUGGUGUGUGUGGACCAGCAGAGGCCCUGUGUGCACAAUCGCCUCCAUUCCCACCCUGUAAGCAGUCCGAUGAUACACAGACACAUGAAAACAGAGCAGAAAUCAAAGUGCAGUUUAAUUCUUUUGUGCAGUUCUUACUCGCGAGCCAAAAAGCAAACAUACAAACCAAUACAUUUACAUUUUACUGUGAUGACUGGGAGCUAUAUUUACCUCUGUCCUUGUGUUUCCAGAUCCUGUCAGCUAUUGUGAAGAUCAUGAAGGAGUGUUGGUACCAGAGCCCACCUGCCCGCCUCACUGCCCUGCGCAUCAGAAAGACUCUCUCCAAGCUGGAGCCUGAAAGUGACUUCACUAUUGACAAACUUAAACGGGACGUUUAGAUCAGGGCGUCAGGAUAAAACAGGGACACAACACCAAAAAAAAGGGGCCAAAAGGGAUAAAUUACCACAUUCCAGCAGCACUGGGUGUAUAUGAUUAGCAUAUAUUGAGUAAAUGACUCAUACAGUCUCUGCUUUGGAUUUAAACCAUAUGACUCCAAGCGGUUGUGUCUAGACUCGAUUGAACCUGAGGCUAUUUUAUUAACUUAGGCUAAUUUUCAUCUGCUUUCCAUCUGGUGCCUAACACCAAGAGGCCCUAAAAAGGAAAACAUUAAGACCCAAAUUUUGUAUCAGUCUAUUUUUCUUAAAGCUAUUUUGCAGCCAUCAAAUGUUUGAACACUUUUAAAGCAGAAUAACUACGUGACAAAUCUCAGGUUAUUCUGUAAAUACAGGGUUUAGAGGAAGACCUGGCGGGGCACUAAAGUUUAGUGUGUCAUCAGGGGGAGGGGCGAGUAGAGCUGCCUUUUCUUUGUGAUGUAGAAAAAUUGCACUUGUGGGUUUUUGCCACAAUGACCAAAGCCAAAACAAUCAUACAGUACACAGAGGAUUUUUUUACAGAGGAUACAGGAAAUGUGUAAAUAGUAUUAUGUUCAUACCAAAGCCAGUAUCUAACUCGUAAGCAUGUAUAACUCAUAUAAAAUAGUCAUCUGUUACCUGCACUUGGACACAUUAAGCCAUUUAGGUGUACAUAUUGUAACAGUAUUGAAAUUGCUGUCUUUUAUGGGCUGAAUGUAAAUAUAUUUUAAACUGAGUAUUAUUUUCUAUUAUUCAAGUACACAUUUUAUACAUUUUUUACUGCACAGGCUUUCCAGAUUAUUUUUUUACACUUCAGUAGGCCUCAAAUGUACCAACACGAUUAUUAUGGUCAAUAAAGGAAAUCACAAGGAGACAUGUAAUGUUGUAGUUGUUGAAUAAAACUCAGUAUUUUUCAAGUA